AUGUCACGCAAACAAGCUAUUGCAAUUAUUCAACAGGUUCCUAAUAUGAGAGAGUUAGUACUCCUCAUGAACCCAAACCACGACAAGAUGUUCGGAUGGAAUUUCCUUUACCUCUUGAACAACCCUCAUGGAACAAUAGAAUUUCGAAGAGGUGCCGCUAGUACCUCGGUGGAUCAUGUCUUCAUUUAUAUAGAAGUCGCCAUGUCAUUUAUUGACGCUGCUAUUCGAUUGGGCGACCCUGAGCGACUUGAAAGAGUCCCUGCAACUGUUGGUGGUUUGAAAUGGUUUAUCAGGGCCGCAAAUCUUCCAGAUAAUGUACCUGGCCUGUACAAAUUGCGAUACCUAAACCGUUUCUUUUCAGGGAAGAGUGACAGUGCCUUCCGUGAACCCAAACCGCUUGGGAAACUAUCUGCCGCCAGGCUCCUCAAGCUCAAGAAAAAGAAGGAGGAAGACAAGAAGAAGAACCUUGCCAUGGUAAAAAUGCUUCAACAACCUUACUGGAGCUAG